AUGGGCAACGAGGCAAGCCUGGAAGGGGAAGGGCUCCCCGAAGCGCUGGCGGCGGCCGCCGCGGCAGGGAGCCCCCCGCAAGGCACGAUCCCGGCCGGCAUGGAGGCGGACUUGAGCCAGCUGAGCGAGGACGAGAGACGACAGAUCGCCGCUGUCAUGUCAAGGGCGCAGGGGCUACCCAAGGGAAGCGCCCCCGCGGCCGCUGCGGACUCGCCUUCCAUGCACAGGAAACAAGAGUUGGAUAGCAGUCAGCCUCCAAAGCAACUGGGGAAAACACAGGACCCUGGACGUCAAGCUCAGCCAGGUCUCAGUAAAAGUAGAACUACAGACACCUUUAGGUCAGAGCAGAAAUUGCCUGGAAGGAGUCCUUCCACUAUUAGCUUGAAGGAAUCAAAGUCCAGAACUGAUUUUAAGGAAGAGCACAAGUCUAUUAUGAUGCCUGGUUUCCUCUCUGAUGUUAACCCUUUAAGUGCUGUCUCUUCUGUUGUAAAUAAAUUCAACCCUUUUGAUUUGAUAUCAGACCCUGAGGCAUCCCAAGAAGAAGCCACCAAGAAACAAAAAUUAGCUCAGAAGGAGCAAGGAAAAUCUGAAGGAGGCCCCAAACCUUCUUUACAGCAGCAGUCCCCCAAAGCAUCUCCUAAGCAGCAAGGACCUGUGAAAGACCCAGAUCAUCAGGACGCCUCUCCCAGGUCAGCAGAGAAAAUGAAACCACAGGCCCCUGCUAUGGGAAAGCCCAUACAGGUCGCUGCCCAACCUCCACAGAUGGAUCAGGCAAAAUUGUCACUUCCAUGGGAUAUACCCAGACCUCCGAGUAAACAGUCAGACACAGCAAGGGGGGAAUCCCUUAAAUCCUCCCAGCAAAGCCCCUCCAAAACACAUAUUCAGCAAGGAAGUCCGGGAAAAUCUUUAGCUCAGCAACCUGGACCUGAAAAGUCACAGGCUGGACCUACAAAACCUGCAGUUCAGCAACCUGGGCCAACAAAGUCUCUAGCCCAACAGCCAGGGACAGUGAAGGCCCCAGCCCAGCCACCAGGGACACCAAAGCCUCUGAUUCAGCAGGCUGGGUCAGAGAAGGCUUCAUCUCAGCAGCCUGGGCCUGGAAAGACUCCACUUCAGCAGCCAGGUUCAGGCAAGCACCCAGCCCAACAACCAGGGACAUCAAAAUCCUCUGCUCAACAGCUUGGACCACAGGCUGCAGGUAAGGUACUUGGGCCUACAAAGAUGCCAGCUCAGCAGCUUGGACCUGGGAAGGUUUCUGUUCCACAGACGGUCCCAGUGAAGCCUCCACCUCAACAGACAGUCCCAGGGAAGACUUCUGCCCAACAGCUUGCCCAAGCAAAGCCCUCACCUCAACAACCUAGCCCAACCAAACCCUCAGUUCAGCAGCCUACAAAACCAGUAAGCCAAAUAGUAACUGUCAAGCCUGUUCAGCCACCAACAACAUCAUCUACAGUACACAUUCCUGUAGAAAGCCUAUCUAAAACCAUCUGUCCUCUUUGCAAUACUACUGAACUUCUGUUGCAUGCCCCAGAGACGGCCAAUUUUAACACAUGCACCGAGUGUCAGACCACUGUCUGUAGCCUCUGUGGCUUUAACCCCAAUCCUCAUUUAACAGAGAUCAAAGAGUGGCUCUGUUUAAACUGUCAGAUGCAAAGAGCAAUAGGAGGCGAGCUGGCUCCAAUCCCAUCAUCCCUGCAGCCCAAACCAAAGGCUGCUUCAGUUCUCCCUGCAGCCGCAGCCGACAAACCGUCGCCCCCAUCACAACACGCUUCCCCGAAGAAGGAUCUUGCACCCAGGCAAGACGUGGCAAAGACACUGGAGUCUAAAAAGCCACCCCCACUCGUGAAGCAAGCAACUCUUCACGGACCCGCCCCAGAUACAGCCCCACAGCCUCCAGUGGCAGAGACCUCAUUACAGUCAGCCCCUCCUGAAGAGCCGCCUGUACCUCCAUCCCAGCAGGCCAAGGCCGGGGUUGGGGAGGAAAAACCAAAGCCGCCCAAGGCCACACAGCCGCCCACAGUCCUAGAGUCCUCAAUAAAUCCUGCCAGCACAAGCUUUCAAGAACAGGCGCAAGCUCAAGAGCAAACAGUCACUCCAAUCAAAACAGACUCUGCUAAACCCUCACACAGUUUCCCGCCAACAGGAGAAAGAGUUACCCCAUUUGAUGAUUCUAAAGCUAUUCCUCGGCCUGCAUCAGACUCCAGGAUUAUUUCCACUCCUAUUUCUGAGAACAAGGGUCAAAAGACAGUGGAGUCAGUUCAAAAGAAGGAAGAGCCCAAGAAAGCACAAACCAAAAUGAGUCCCAAACCAGAUGCCAGGGCAGUGCCAAAAGGCUUACCCACACCUGCCAGCACACGACCCACCACUGGCCAAGCUGCACCCACAUCGCCUCAACCCACCAAACCUCAGGAGCAGUCAAGACGUUUCAGUCUGAAUCUGGGUAGCAUUACUGAUGCCCCCAAAUCACAGCCCACCACUCCCCAGGAAACUGUGACUGGAAAGCUCUUUGGGUUUGGAGUUUCCAUUUUUAGCCAGGCAUCAAACUUAAUUUCCACAGCAGGCCAGCCCGGACCUCAUGCACAGGGUGUGCCAGCUGUCCCAACAAAACAAGGCGUUCCUUCUACACAGCCUCCUGCUGCUCAGGGGCCACCAAAGCCCAUAGGUCAGGGGCCACCAGCACCUGUGACACCUGUGAGGAAGGAAACAAAAGCUCCAGCAGCUGAAAAGUCAGAGCCCAAAGCUGGCCAAACUGCAACAGCAAAGAGAGCAGAAGCAGACGGGAAGCCCCCAACCCCUGAGCCGCAGCAGGCUGUCCUCCCCCAUAAGCUGGAGAAGACUUUCAAACCAAAACCAGCCUGUCCUCUUUGCAAAGCUGAACUCAACGCAGGUUCUCAGGACUCGCCUAACUUCAACACGUGCACAGAAUGCAAGAAGCAAGUGUGCAAUCUCUGUGGAUUUAACCCUAUGCCCCACUUGACAGAGAUUCAAGAAUGGCUUUGUUUAAAUUGCCAAACCAAGAGAGCAAUGUCAGGACAGCUGGGAGACUUGAGGAAAAUGCCACCUACACCAGCAGGACUCAGAGCAUCUCCUGGAUCUGCUCGUAUAGAACCAGUAUCUCAGAAAACUAUGACACCCACCCUGGUGAAAGGUAAACCACAAGACCCAGAAGCAAAAACUGAAACUGAAAAACUCAUUCCUGAAAAAGGAAAAGAUACACAUUCAACUGAGAUAAACCUUUCUCAGAUAACCACAGAUCCCAAACAAAAAGAAAGCAAAAUAGAAAAAGGGAAGGUUUCAACCCUUCCAGAAAAGAAACCACCUCCUGAAGAAAGAAGACCACUCAUUGAAGAAAAGCAGAUAACCUCAGAAGAAAUGCUGCCUCCUCUUAAAGAAAAUAGGGCACCUUCUUUUGAGAAGUCCACACUGGACAAGCAGCCAGUCCUGGAAGAUAGCAAGUUUCUCCUAGAAGCAAAUCCGGUAGCCCGCAGAGAGGAAGAGAAACAUAAGAUACCCCAAACUGGAGUGCAUAUUAUUGAAGAUAAGCCCGAAGGCAGAGAGGAAGAGAAGGAACCACAGACCAUGGUGGAAGAGUUGCCAGCUGGCAAGCCUCAGACUUUGUCCAAGGAAGAUGACCAGGAAAGAGAAAGGACAAGAGAACUGCCUCAUGCAGAAGUCAGCACAAAACCUGACCAAGGGGAGCCUGGGAAAGAAAAAACAGAAAACGAAGAGGACAAAUCAGACAACUUGAGUUCCCAGCAGCCCAAGAGCCCACAAGGUCUGAGUGACACAGGAUAUUCUUCUGAUGGAAUAUCAAGUUCUCUUGGUGAAAUUCCAAGUCUCAUUCCAAGUGAUGAUAAGGAUUUGCUUAAGGGACUCAAAAAGGAUUCUUUCUCACAAGAAAGUAGCCCUUCCAGCCCCUCAGAUUUAGCUAAACUGGAGAGUACAGUCCUGUCCAUUUUGGAAGCUCAGGCAAGUACACUUGCUGAUGAAAAUAUGGAAAAGAAAACACAACUCCAUAAGGUUUCACCUGAGCAGCCUAGAGACCAACAGAAAACACACAUUUCACCGGAAACACAAGACGUUACUAUUUCAGAAGAGAACCUUGACAGUCUAGACGAAAUGAAAGAUCCUUCAAAAAAGGAUAGCCAAGCAGGUAUGCCUUCCAGGAAGGAACACAAGGAAAAGCUGGGACUGGCUGGGGAUGUCAGCACAAGAAGACAGUCCUGUGAUUCAGCCGAAGACAGUAGUGAAAGUGAAAACUCACCUGUCCCUCGGAGGAGACGCCGAGCCAGUGUGGGGUCCUCAAGCAGCGAUGAGUAUAAACAAGACAGCCAAGGCUCAGGGGAAGAGGAGGAUUUCAUUCGAAAACAGAUUAUAGAGAUGAGUGCCGAUGAGGAUGCUUCUGGCUCUGAAGAUGAUGAGUUCAUUAGGAACCAACUCAAAGAAAUCAGCAGCAUCCCUGAGAUCCAGAAGAAGGAAGAGCUGAAAGGGAAAGGGAAAGGAACGGCCGGGAAGCACAGGCGACUGACCCGGAAGAGUAGUGCAAGCUGCGACGACGAUGCUGGGAGACGCCACUCGUGGCAUGAUGAGGACGACGAAGCAUACGAUGAAAGUCCUGAACUUAAAUACCGAGAAACUAAAAGCCAGGAGAGCGAGGAACUUGUCGUUGCCGGAGGCGGAGGGCUACGCCGAUUUAAAACCAUCGAACUCAACAGCACUGUCGCAGAUAAAUACUCUGCAGAGUCCUCCCAGAAAAAUACAGCUUUGUAUUUUGACGAAGAGCCUGAACUGGAAAUGGAAAGCCUGACAGAUUCACCUGAAGACAGGUCACGGGGAGAAGGAUCUUCUAGUGUCCAUGCGUCCAGCUUCACUCCUGGCACAUCCCCCACGUCUGUAUCAUCCCUUGAUGAGGACAGUGACAGUAGCCCAAGUCACAAAAAAGGAGAGAGCAAGCAGCAGCGCAAGGCUAGGCACCGCUCUCAUGGCCCGCUCUUACCUACCAUCGAAGAUUCUUCUGAGGAGGAAGAAUUGAGAGAGGAAGAAGAAUUGUUAAAAGAGCAAGAAAAGCAGCGAGAAUUAGAACAGCAGCAAAGAAAGAGUUCUAGUAAGAAAUCUAAGAAAGACAAGGAUGAGCUUCGAGCUCAGAGAAGAAGGGAAAGGCCCAAGACGCCGCCCAGCAAUCUCUCCCCCAUUGAAGACGCCUCUCCCACGGAGGAGUUACGUCAGGCUGCAGAGAUGGAGGAGCUGCACAGAUCCUCUUGCUCUGAAUAUUCACCUAGCAUAGAGUCAGACCCAGAAGGUUUUGAAAUAAGCCCUGAAAAAAUAAUAGAAGUGCAAAAAGUCUAUAAAUUGCCCACAGCUGUGACUUUGUACUCACCAACAGAUGAACGAUCUGUUAUGCAGAAGGAAGGUGGUCAAAAGGCAUUAAAAACUGCUGAGGAGAUGUAUGAAGAAAUGAUGCAUAAAACCCACAGAUACAAAGCUUUUCCAGCUGCAAGUGAACGAGAUGAAGUGUUUGAAAAGGAGCCUUUGUACGGUGGUAUGUUAAUAGAGGACUAUAUUUAUGAAUCAUUAGUAGAAGACACAUACAAUGGAUCGGUUGAUGGUGGUCUGCUAACAAGGCAAGAAGAAGAAAAUGGAUUUAUGCAGCAGAGAGGAAGAGAACAAAAUAUAAGACUUUCAGAACAGAUUUAUGAAGAUCCUAUGCAGAAAAUUACAGACCUCCAGAAAGAGUUUUAUGAGUUAGAAAGCUUACAUUCUGUUAUGCCUCAGGAAGACAUUGUCUCAAGCUCUUAUAUCAUUCCAGAAAGCCAUGAGAUAGUGGAUCUGGGUACCAUGGUAACUUCUAUUAAUGAAGAAAAGAAAUUGUUAGAUGCUGAUGCUGCCUAUGAAGAACUCAUGAAGCGGCAACAAAUGCAGAUAACACCUGAAUCUAUUCCUACCCAGCUCUCCAUUGGGGAUGACCAGGUGGAGUCCACCAUGGACUUUGACCGAAUGCCAGAUGCAUCUUUGACGUCAAGCAUCCUCUCAGCAGCAUCACUGACAGAUUCUACCAGCAGUACAACAUUGUCUAUUCCAGAUGUUAAAAUAACUCAACAUUUUUCAACUGAAGAAAUUGAGGAUGAAUAUGUAACUGAUUAUACAAGAGAAAUUCAAGAGAUAAUUGCCCACGAAUCACUGAUACUGACCUAUUCUGAGCCAUCAGAAAGUGCUACAUCUGUCCCACCCUCUGACACCCCUUCUCUCACAUCAUCUGUUUCUUCAGUUUGUACCACAGACAGCUCCUCACCCAUAACUACCCUGGAUAGCAUAACUACUGCUUAUACAGAGCCAGUUGACAUAAUAAAUAAAUUUGAAGAGUCUGAGGAAAUUUCUGCAUCAACUUAUUUUCCAGGCAGCAUUAUAGACUAUCCUGAAGAAAUAAGUAUGUCUUUAGAUCAGACUACCACACCAGAACUUAGAAUCACUACUAAUGAUAUUGCAAUCUCCUUAUCUGAUAUUGCACCUUCUGUCACAGAAUCUGUAGUAACUAGAGCUGAGGGGUUAUAUGCCAAUAUUAUUUCCGCAGACUUACCUAUAUCAAAAGAAGGCCCAGUUAAAAAAAUGAAGAAGGAAACUAGGGAUGGAAUUAUUCUAGAAGUACAGGAUGCCUACCAAGAUAAAAGGAAAGAGUCUGAGGUUGAAGUAACAAAAAUUAGCUUAUCUGAAGCAAGAUUUGACCAGCCACCUUCUUUAAUAACCUCAAUAAAGGAACAGCCUUCAUCUACGUAUUUUAUGUCAGCAAAGUUCUCUGAUCAGGAAAAAUCUCCAUUUCAGUUACCAUCUGCCAGUCUUCCUAUUUCUUCCCAUGAAACUAAAUCUCGUCCAUUCUUCCAAAGUUCUUCUUUGGAUAUAUCAGCUCAACCACCACCCCCUCCUCCUCCACCACCACCUCCUCCUCCACCUCCUCCUCCUCCUCCCCCACCACCACUUCCCCCACCAACUUCCCCUAAACCAACCAUUCACCCUAAAAAAACGUUGACAGUUGCAGCUGCAAGGACUCCAGUUACAUCUGUAACUUGGGUUGGUGCUGUUACUACUCCUACUCCUACUAUGGAGGCCACAACUGUUCAGAAAAGUAAUGGGUGGCCUGUAACCAAAACUUGUACCACUGCACCUCCACCUGUUCCUCCCAAGCCUUCUUCAAUUCCAUCUGGUCUUGUAUUUACGCACAGGCCUGAGCCAAGUAAACCUCCAAUUGCCCCCAAACCAUCAAUCCCUCAACCUAUAGUAACCUCACAGAAAACAACAGACAUACACCCCAAGCCAGUAGGUCUGUCUUUAAGUUCAAGUAUGUCCUUAAAUUUAGUGACUUCAACAGAUUAUAAAUUACCUUCUCCUACCUCUCCACUUUCCCCACAUUCUAACAAAUCCUCACCAAGAUAUUCUAAAUCCCUCAUGGAAACUUACGUGGUUAUUACAUUGCCUUCUGAACCUGGGACUCCGACAGAUUCUUCUAGUCAACCAAUUACAAGUUGGCCCUUGGGAUCACCCCCAAAAGAUCUAGUUUCCCUUGAAACAGUGUUUUCUGUAGUUCCUCCUAUGAAAACUGCAGAAAUUCCAGCUGCUAUACCACAAACCUCGCACAUGCCAGGAGAUUUUGAGACAUUUUCUGCUGCCUCUGUUGUAGCCCCAUCUUCAUUUCCAGGAGCUCCAACCUCACUUACACAGUUUCUCCCAACAGAAAUCUCAAAGCCUGAUGUUUUGGCCCCCAGAAGUACAGUCCCAAGUGCAGCCUCCAGCAGCAUAUCCAUACCAAUUCCUCCAGAGCCUCUUGCUUUAGAUAAGCAUCAGUAUAAGGAAAGUGGAAAGAUGCAACUUGUAGAUGAUGCCAUUGAUUUGCGAACAAUACCAAAAAUAGAAGUGAAGGCAACUGAAACAUGUAUGGAUCUUUCUGCCUCUGCAAUGGACAUGAAAAGACAGAUCACAGCAAAUGAAGCUUAUGGGCGGCAAAUUAGUGCUGUCCAAACUUCUAUUGUAAAUCUCAGUGCAGCAUCAUCAUUAGUUACUCCAAUACUUGUGGUCACUGAGACAGACACUAUUGUUACGUGCACACCCACUACAAGUUACACAACUAGUACAGAAAGCCUAGUAGGCAUAGAGCAUACAUUGGCAUCACCACUCCAGCUUACCACAUUAAAACAUUCUGAGUCCCCAUACAGGGUAGCAAGUGGUCAGGCCUUUGCUACACGUAUAGAAGAAGUACCAAUAAACUUAUCUCUAGGUCCUACAGCACAGGCAACAACACCAGUUGUCAACAGACCUGUCACUGUGCCUCCUGUUGGUGUCACAAAUGGAUGGAUGGACCCCAUCACUUCUCAGAGGAUCUCUGAUGAGGAAGUAGUAGAUCUCAGCACAACAAAGUCUCAUAGAACUGUAGUAACAAUGGAUGAAUCUAGUUCAAAUGUGGUGAUCAAAGUAAUAGAAGAUGAUGAAAAACCUGUUGAUUUGACUGCAGGAAGAAGAGCAGUAUGCUGUGACAUGGUCUAUAAGCUGCCUUUUGGAAGAAGCUGCACAGCACAGCAGCCAGCAACUACCCUUCCUGAGGACCGUUUUGGCUAUAGGGAUGACCACUAUCGAUAUGAUCAGUCAGGGCCAUAUGGUUACAGAGGGAUUGGUGGAAUGAAACCUUCUAUGUCUGACACUAAUUUAGCAGAAGCUGGACAUUUUCUUUAUAAAAGUAAGAAUGCUUUUGACUAUUCUGGAGGAAGUGAGGCUGCAGUAGAUCUAACUUCAGGAAAAACGACCACAGGUGAGGUAAUGGAUUAUUCAAGCAAGACUACAGGUCCUUAUCCAGAAACACGACAAGUCAUUUCAGGAGUUGGGAUUGGUACCCCACAGUAUUCCACAGCAAGAAUGACUCCACCUCCAGGACCCCAAUAUGGUGUGGGAAGUGUUUUGAGGUCAUCUAAUGGUGUUGUCUAUUCAUCAGUAGCAACUCCAAUCCCUUCCACUUUUGCUAUCACCACACAGCCUGGCUCCAUCUUCAGCACCACUGUAAGGGAUUUGUCUGGCAUUCAUACAACCGAUGUAGUAAGUUCAUUAGAAACUCUACAGCAGAGCCAACCAAUGCCUCGAUCCUAUUUCGUAACAACAGGCGCAUCAGAGACAGACAUUGCAGUACCCAGUACUGAUAUCAAUGCCAGUUUGCAAACAAUGACUGUGGAAACACUUUCUGCUGAGAUGGUGGAUUCUGUUCCCACAUUGACCACAGCAUCAGAAGUGUUUUCUGAGGCUGUGGGAGAAGAAAGCACUCUUCUAGUUGUCCCUGAAGAAGACAAACAACAGCAGCUUGACUUGGAGCGAGAGCUCUUGGAACUGGAGAAAAUUAAGCAACAACGUUUUGCUGAGGAACUGGAGUGGGAACGUCAAGAAAUUCAAAGGUUUCGAGAACAAGAAAAGAUCAUGGUUCAAAAAAAACUGGAAGAGUUGCAAUCUAUGAAGCAACACCUUCUCUAUCAGCAGGAAGAAGAGAGGCAGGCACAGUUCAUGAUGAGGCAGGAGACAUUGGCUCAGCAACAGAUACAGCUUGAGCAGAUCCAACAGCUGCAACAGCAGCUGCACCAGCAGCUUGAGGAGCAAAAGAUUCGCCAGAUCUACCAGUACAACUAUGACCCUUCUGGAACUGCUUCUCCACAAACUACCACGGAGCAGGCGAUGUUGGAAGGUCAAUAUGCUGCUCCAGAAAGCAGUCAGUUUUGGGCCACUGAAGAUGCUACCACUACAGCUUCCACUGUUGUGGCCAUUGAAAUACCACAAAGCCAAGGAUGGUACACAGUGCAGUCUGAUGGUGUGACUCAGUACAUUGCCCCACCUGGCAUCCUAAGCACUGUGUCAGAGAUACCUCUGACAGAUGUAGUUGUAAAAGAGGAAAAACAUCCCAAGAAAAGAAGUUCUGGAACUAAAGUCCGUGGACAGUAUGACGAAAUGGCGGAAAAUAUGGCCGAUGAUCCCCGGAAUUUUAAAAAAAUAGUGGACAGUGGCGUGCAAACUGAUGACGAAGACACCACAGACCGGAACUAUGCUAGUAGGAGAAGAAGAACUAAAAAGAGUGUUGAUACCAGUGUCCAAACUGAUGAUGAAGAUCAGGAUGAAUGGGAUGUGCCCUCUAGAUCCAGGAGAAAAGCCCGUGUAGGGAAAUACAGUGACAGCACAGCUGAAGCUGACAAGGCCAAAGCCCCGUCCAAAGUCUCCAGCAUAGCCGUGCAGACAGUUGCAGAGAUAUCUGUCCAAACUGAGCCAGUGGGAACCAUAAGGACACCUUCCAUACGAGCACGAGUGGAUGCCAAGGUAGAAAUAAUUAAACACAUUUCAGCACCUGAAAAGACUUAUAAAGGGGGCAGUUUAGGAUGUCAAACAGAAGCAGAUUCAGAUACACAAAGUCCUCAAUAUUUGAGUGCCACAUCUCCACCUAAAGACAAGAAACGUCCAACACCCUUAGAGAUUGGUUAUUCAUCUUCUCACCUACGGGCAGAUUCCACAGUCCAGCUGGCUCCUUCCCCACCCAAAUCUCCAAAAGUCCUUUAUUCACCCAUCUCACCACUUUCAUCAGGCAAUGCCUUAGAAUCUGCCUUUGUACCUUACGAAAAAACCCUCCCUGAUGAUGUAAGUCCACAGAAAGUACUGCAUCCAGAUAUGGCUAAAGUCCCCCCAGCGAGCCCUAAGACAGCCAAGAUAAUGCAGCGCUCUAUGUCUGACCCCAAGCCUCUGAGUCCAACAGCAGACGAAAGUUCCAGGGCUCCUUUUCAGUAUACCGAGGGCUUCACGACGAAAGGUUCUCAAACAAUGACACCCUCUGGCACCCAGAAAAAAGUGAAGAGAACGCUUCCCAAUCCCCCUCCAGAGGAGGCUGCUGCAGGAGUUCAGUCAGCCUACAGCCCAGUGGGCACUGUGUCCAGGAGAAGGGUCUGUAGAUCAAACACAAUGGCUCGAGCCAAAAUUCUUCAGGACAUAGACAGGGAGCUUGAUCUGGUAGAAAGGGAAUCUGCGAAGCUUAGAAAAAAGCAAGCAGAACUGGAUGAAGAAGAAAAGGAGAUAGAUGCCAAGCUGCGGUACCUGGAGAUGGGAAUCAACCGGAGGAAAGAGGCACUGUUGAAAGAGAGAGAGAAGAGGGAACGCGCCUAUCUGCAGGGGGUAGCCGAGGACCGUGACUACAUGUCCGACAGUGAAGUCAGCGGUACCAGGCCCACUCGAAUAGAAACUCAGCAUGGCAUCGAGCGACCCAGAACUGCCCCCCAAACGGAAUUCAGCCAGUUUAUACCACCACAGACCCAAACAGAAUCUCAGCUGGUUCCUCCCACAAGUCCUUACACCAAAUACCAGUACUCUUCGCCAGCCCUUCCCACCCAGGCACCCACCCCGUACACCCAGCAGUCCCAUUUCCAACAGCAAACAUUGUACCAUCAGCAAGUCUCACCCUAUCAGACCCAACCAACCUUCCAAGCCGUGGCCACUAUGUCCUUCACACCCCAAGCGCAGCCCACACCAGCCCCACAAGCGUCUUACCAGUUGCCGUCGCAGAUGAUGGUCAUCCAGCAGAAGCCUCGGCAGACCACCUUGUACCUGGAGCCCAAGAUAACCUCUAACUACGAGGUGAUUCGCAACCAGCCUCUGAUGAUAGCACCGGUUUCCAGCGACACCACGUAUGCCAUGUCCCACCUGGGUAGUAAGUACAACACUCUGGACCUGCGGAUAGGCUUGGAGGAGAGAAGCAGCAUGGCCAGCAGCCCCAUCUCCAGCAUCUCGGCUGACUCCUUCUAUGCGGACAUGGAGCACCAUGGGCCCCGGAACUACGUCCUCAUUGAUGACAUCGCGGACAUAGCCAAAGGAACGGCCACGCUGAGCAGCGCCUUUGGGCUCCACGACAAGGACCUGUCUAAGGCAGACCGAUUGCUCAGGUCCACCGAGACACGGAGGUCCCAAGAGGUGGCCGAUUUCCUAGCGCCCCUGCAGACUUCCUCCAGACUGCACAAUUAUGUGAAAGCCGCCGAGGAAGAGCCCAUGGAGGACCCUUACGAGUUAAAGCUCCUGAAACACCAGAUCAAACAGGAGUUCCGUCGAGGGACAGAGAGCCUGGACCACCUGGCUGGGCUCUCCCACUAUUACCACGCAGAUACGGGCUACAGACACUUCCCCAAGUCCGAGAAGUAUAGCAUCAGUAGACUCACUCUUGAAAAACAAGCCGCCAAACAGUUACCAGCAGCCAUACUCUACCAAAAGCAGACCAAGCAUAAGAAAGCCCUAAUCGACCCCAAAGUAUCCAAGUUUUCACCUAUUCAGGAAAGCAGAGACCUUGAACCUGAUUACUCGAGCUAUAUGACUUCCAGUACGUCAUCUGUUGUUGGUAUUUCUUCCAGGGCAAGGCUUCUUCAAGAUGAUAUUACGUUUGGACUCAGAAAAAAUAUUACGGAUCAACAGAAGUUCCUGGGCUCGUCGCUGGGCUCUAGCCUGGGCACGCUGGGCAGCAGCAUCCGCUCGGCUCUGCAGGACGAAGCAGACAAGCCCUACAGCAGCAGCAGUGGCAGCCGCUCCAGGCCCUCCUCCAGGCCUGCCUCGGUCUACGGGCUCGAUUUGUCCUUGAAGAGGGAGUCUUCCAGCUCAUCAUUAAGAUUGAAAGCUCAAGAAGCAGAAGCCCUUGACGUCUCCUUCGGCCAUGCCACAUCCUCUUCCAGAGCUAAGCCGACCAGUCUGCCCAUUAGCCAGAGUAGAGGAAGGAUACCCAUCGUGGCUCAGAAUUCUGAAGAAGAAAGUCCACUGAGUCCCGUUGGCCAGCCAAUGGGGAUGGCUAGGGCUGCAGCUGGGCCGCUGCCACCUAUCUCUGCAGACACGAGGGAUCAGUUCGGAUCAAGCCACUCACUGCCUGAAGUUCAACAACACAUGAGAGAAGAAUCCCGGACUCGGGGCUAUGACAGGGACAUAGCCUUCAUCAUGGAUGACUUCCAACAUGCCAUGUCAGACAGUGAAGCCUACCAUUUGCGUCGUGAGGAAACGGAUUGGUUUGAUAAACCAAGGGAGUCUCGUUUAGACAAUGGACAUGGUCUGGACCGAAAACUACCAGAAAGAUUGGUUCACCCUAGACCACUCAGUCAUCACCAAGAACAAAUUAUACAGAUGAAUGGGAAGACGAUACACUACAUCUUUCCUCAUGCAAGGAUAAAAAUACCCAGAGACUCCAAGGAUCACACGGUUUCAGGUAAUGGCCUAGGAAUUAAAAUUGUGGGUGGCAAAGAAAUCCCUGGACAUUGUGGAGAAAUUGGAGCCUAUAUCGCCAAGAUUCUUCCUGGUGGAAGUGCAGAACAGACAGGGAAACUGAUGGAAGGGAUGCAAGUAUUGGAAUGGAAUGGAAUUCCCUUAACUUCUAAAACAUAUGAAGAAGUACAGACUAUCAUUAGUCAGCAAAGUGGGGAAGCAGAAAUAUGUGUAAGACUGGACCUCAAUAUGCUGUCUGAUUCUGAAAAUCCCCAGCACUUGGAACUUCAUGAGCCACCCAAAGCUGUGGACAAAGCUAAGUCCCCAGGGGUGGAUCCCAAACAGUUGGCUGCAGAGCUCCAGAAGGUUUCGUUGCAGCAGUCACCACUGGUCCUGUCAUCUGUGGUGGAGAAAGGCUCUCAUGUUCAUUCAGGUCCCACCUCAGCUGGAUCCAGCGCUGUACCCAGCCCUGGACAGCCUGGGUCACCCUCUGUGAGUAAGAAGAAACACAGCAGCAGCAAGUCUACUGAUGCAGCAAAGGUUGUCUCUCACCCAAUUACAGGAGAAAUUCAGCUUCAGAUCAACUAUGAUCUUGGAAACCUCAUAAUACACAUUCUCCAAGCAAGAAAUCUUGUCCCUCGAGACAAUAAUGGGUAUUCUGACCCUUUUGUGAAAGUGUACCUACUUCCAGGAAGAGGUCAAGUCAUGGUUGUCCAGAAUGCCAGUGCUGAGUACAAGAGAAGGACUAAAUAUGUCCAGAAAAGUCUUAAUCCUGAGUGGAAUCAAACCGUAAUUUAUAAAAGUAUUUCCAUGGAGCAGCUCAAGAAGAAAACCUUGGAAGUGACUGUUUGGGAUUAUGAUAGAUUCUCCUCCAAUGACUUCCUUGGGGAGGUAUUGAUUGAUUUAUCCAGCACGUCUCACCUCGAUAACACCCCUCGCUGGUAUCCACUUAAAGAACAGACUGAGAGCAUUGAGCACAGCAAGUCUCAUUCCAGUCAGAGCAACCAGCAGUCCCCCAAACCAUCUGUCAUCAAAAGCAGGAGCCAUGGUAUCUUCCCUGAUCCAUCUAAGGACAUGCAGGUUCCUACCAUUGAGAAAUCCCAUAGUAGCCCUGGUAGCUCCAAGUCAUCAUCAGAAGGUCACCUCCGUUCUCAUGGACCAUCUCGCAGCCAAAGCAAGACCAGCGUCACUCAGACUCAUCUGGAAGACGCAGGGGCUGCCAUAGCAGCGGCCGAAGCUGCAGUGCAACAACUCCGCAUUCAACCAACCAAGCCCACCAACCACCGGCCUGCAGACAGCUCCGUGUCAACUGGCUCCUCAGGCAGCAGCUUUGGCAGCGGGUACAGUGUGGACAGUGAUGGGAGCAGCGGCACUGCAGGGGAGACUAAUCUAUUUCCUAUUCCAAGGAUAAGCAAGAUGGGACAGAAUGGUCAAGAGCCUAUAAAACAGUCAGGAGGAGGACUGGCAGACACUGAAACUAAAACUCAGGUGAUGGGAGAAAUCAAGAUUGCAUUGAAAAAAGAAAUGAAAACAGAUGGUGAACAACUAAUAGUAGAAAUUCUCCAGUGCAGAAAUAUUACGUACAAAUUUAAGUCUCCUGACCACUUACCAGAUUUAUACGUGAAAAUAUAUGUGAUGAAUAUCUCAACCCAAAAAAAGGUGAUCAAGAAAAAAACAAGAGUAUGCAGACAUGACCGAGAGCCUUCAUUUAAUGAAACUUUUAGAUUCAGCCUAAGUCCUGCUGGACAUUCCCUCCAGAUUUUACUUUUCUCCAAUGGAGGGAAGUUUAUGAAAAAGACUUUGAUUGGGGAAGCCUGUAUCUGGCUUGAUAAAGUGGACCUCAGAAAAAGAAUAGUCAACUGGCACAAACUUUUGGUUAGCCCUACUCAAACUCAUUGAAGAAACAUCUGCACAGGGCAACGAAAUGGAUCUAUGCAGUCUCAUAUCAAGACUAUUGUUUGAUACUGUUUUACUGGGAUAUGUUUUAAGGGGCAACAAGUGAGAGGUGACAAUGUGUAACCAAUAAAAGUUGGACCUUGUCACUAUCGUGGCAGAACACAGGAGGAGUGAAAAAAGUUCAUUUGUUGAAAACAAACCAAUGAAAUUAGAGCUCUGGGACACUGGAUCUCUUGUGCCUAGGAAGUAAAAAUGUAAAAGAUAUUUUUAUUAUUUAAGCCAAAAUUGUUGGGCAGGACUGAACUAUAUUUGACAUAGAAGCACACAGAUUAAUAUGGUUUCCAUAGACAAGGCAAAGUCAUCCUUCACAUGGAAAGAACCUUCAGUUGAUAGAAUUAAUAGCAAUGAAUCUCACUAUUUAAAAGUUCAAAAAACUUUCUUCAUCUUAUAUUCUCAGAUAACUCACUGUUUUGGAAUUAUAACAUAAAGUCCAUCAACAAUGUGUGUCUGGGAUGGGAAGAUGGCUGUGUUUAUGGGGAAAAUGAAGCAGAAUAUAUAGAAAAACUGAUUUUAACUUACAUUGUGCAGGCUUUCCUUGUGUCUGCCCAUUAGAAGAGUAUACAACAUGUGGUAAAAGUACAUUUGUUUCAAUAUAAUGACAUAACAAUGUAGUCUGAAGAAUGUAGUAAGUAAAAUGAAAUUACAUUUAUCUAGAAGUGAAAACAAAACCACUUAGUGGCUAGUAAAGCAGAACGCUGAUCCAUAAAUUAUUGAUCAUGGUUGAAAACAUCAGAAUCUUCUUCAUUUACCAUUAACUCAAGGCAAUAUGAGUCUUAUAUACCAAAGGGCCUGGAUGAAAUUGGUUUGUUCUAGAAAACAUGAAUACUUGUUCUUUGUGAAAUUGUAGUUACAUGUAUGAUUCUACAUAUUUUCUUUUUCCUGGGCAAAUUGUCAGAAACAGAAAAUUUUUCCUCUGGCAAACAUAUCAUAUUACUCUUAAUAUUGAUUAAAUUUGUGUCAGUUCUUGAUUUUUAUAUAUUUUUAACCUAAACUCAUAAAAUGAAAACUCUGACACCAAACUCAAGUUCCCUCAAACAAUGUUUUCCUCUGUUAGUGCUAACAUCACAGUGAUCAGGUUCAUGACUAUUUAAAAAUAGAAGAAAAGUCAAAAUUUGAUAUUAAAGUGCACUUUGAUCUAUUUUAAUAAUUAGGAUCUAAAAACAAAUGUCCAAGUCACUAAUAUGAAGUAUCCCCUUUCCCUUCAGCCACCAAAUGUUAACAAAGGAAUGUAUACUUGUGGUGAUAUAUUCAGCUGGGGUUAAAAUCAUGACUUUUGAUCUGGAUUCUGUUGACCUUACAUAUCACCUUGAAAAUGCCAUGGAAACUCACCUUCCUCACCAUACCACAGUUAUCUGCAGGAUGAAAAAAAGAUGUAUUCCUAGCCUUUUUCAUGGAAUGCUAGGGUGUCUAACCAGAGAUCUAUGAGAAAUGAAAGCACAUUUCUAAAUAUGGUUUUAUAGACAGAAGUGAUAAAAUUAUUAUGUAGCUUAUAAAUUCCCAGAUUUUGUAUGUAAGAAGAAGCAUCCAAACCAGUGUAAAGCAUUGGCAUGAAUAAAACAUUAAAUUGUCUACAAAGUCUUUUUCAUUUAAAAUAUAAAGUUCCAUUUAACAUGAAAAAGAUGGAUUAAAUAAAAAUGAUUUACAAAUUUUGUUAUACUCAAUUUAAUGAAAUACAUAGCUCUUAUUCCAUCUCUGUAUACUUCCCAAAAUAAAUCAUAUUGCUCCUGGGAGCAUUUGAACCUAAAAAUGUUGCUUUAUUCAAGUGGAGGAUUAGUGGAGUUAGAGGAAACAAUGUCUACAAUAGUAGUUGACUGAAUUUUCUCAUUUCAUAUUUUAAAAACUGAAAGGCAUAUAAAACCCUAAAACAAAAAUGAUGCUAUCUACUGGGUCCUAUUUUGUUAUUAUGAUCACAAAAAUACAAACACACUUUUCUCCAAACUAAGUAAGAUAUCUUCCUUUUAUAUUUCUUUCAUAUUUUAACAACUCUUUUCAAACCAUGCAAUGUUAUUUACUGUUGAUAAUCUUGUACUGUGAGAUAGGGGAGUUAAAUCAUCAAAGAUAUGAUAUUGCUUGUAUUUUAUUUUUAGAUUAUGAAAGCUGCUGAUGAUUAUCAUGGAUAUUUCCAGCACAAGUUAGCACUUGAGGAAACCUAGAAUCAUUAGUUAUGAUUGGGGAAGAAAUGGGUCUCAGAUGAUCUCCUUCUGACAUCAAAAGGCUCUGUCAUUUGCUCUUGACAGGAAGCCCUGGCUCACCUCUGGUCCUCCUAUGCAUCCACUUGUCCCUGGAGGGGUUUCUGACGAGCUGUAGGACCAUACAGUUUACUUCAUCCUAGCUUACACAAUGGAGAAACCUCCAGCACAAGAUCAUCCCUGGGUAUCUAUUAAGCUUGAAUAUAGAGGCUUUCUCUUAUAGGUGCCCCUCCAUUCUAUGGGACGAGUGAUAGGGCUAGAUCAAUCUAAAGAGUCAAGAACAGGACUACUUUCCAUGCACCAGCGUUCCCCUUCAGAGUGAGAGAUUCUGCCCGUGUGCCACAGAUCAAACUCCUAGGUUGGACUGGAACUGUUCUAUGCAACAUUGAUCCCUUCUGAAUGCAUUUUUUCUGAAUAGUGUUGAUUACCCUUCUUACAACAAAAUUAUUUCUUUUUUAAUUGCAAAUAGGGCUCUUAGUGUUUUUUACUUUUUUGUAAGAACCACUGGCACAUGAUUUUCCACUUUUUAAAUUUAUUUUCCAUUAUUGGAAUUAGCUUUUUUUAAUCCAAAAGCAACAGAGUUUAUAAUUGCUGAUUAAUAGGUUAUUAAUCCAAUUAUAGCACUUGUACCUUUAAAAAGCACCUGAGUUUUCCUGCAAUUCCACUGAGUCAUCAAAGAUUGAAGCUAUUUGUUGGUUUAAAAUUUAGUCCUAAAGAAACUUUCAGUGAAAGAAUAAAAAGCACAGAGUACUUUUUUCUUUUACAAAAGACAGGGAAUUAUAGAGUCAUUAUAGAGCCAUGGUUACAGACACAGGUAAGACUAGCAGAAAAACGAUAUUAGUUGUUGUUUGCUUUUUUUAUUUUGAAAUUUUAAUGACUCCAAAUUCUUUGACUUUUACUCUUAAUUCUAAAACUUUGUUUUAGAAUUAAACAAAAUUCAACUCUAAGAGGCAGUAAUUAAUUUCAUUUGUUUCUUAAGUCUGUCCAUGUUUAAUAAGUCAUACCCAUUAAAUGCACGUUUUCAGCCUAUCUGUGAGACCAGUUUUGUGGAUCAACACAUUAUGAGUCAUAUCAUGGGAAUAUUAUAGCUGGUAACCAGCUGACAGUGAUUCUCAUGUAGGAGCAGUUGUAAUGAUGGAGGUGGUAGCAACAGUGAUAAUAGUCAUGGUGGUGAUGCAGAGUAAAGUAAGUUCUAUAUUCUGUUGUGCCCAAAAUAUUAGAAAUAAUUUCAUCAAGGCUUCAUUUCAUUAAUAUGUUAUAAAGAUGUUUAUAGUAUUUUUUUACUUUAUUAUUUGAAUCAUAACUAACAAUAGUUUAAAAACUUAUUUUCAUUGUUAUAAUGUAUAAGAUUCCAAAAUCAACCAACUACAACUAUAUGUGUUUAUAACUACAUAUAUGGCAGGAGUGAUUUUUUUGUCUUUUGGAGCUUGAAAGUGACAGCUCAGUAAAUAAUUAUGAGUUUUUCCCUUAAUAGUAAACUUUCCUUGAGUAUAAAAUAAGGAUGAAUGAGUAAAACAGAUAUAUUCUCAUUGGAUAUGAUACAUUGAUGUUUUCUGUAUGUCCCAUGUUGUUAUUAUUAAAGGUACACAUUGACAGAAAAUCACAUAAUCAAAUUAUUCAUCUGAUAGGUUGAUUGAGAGCAUUUUCUUAAUCAGUUACUCUGUAUAUAACUAGAUAUUUGGUAACAUAGACAAAGUUGAAAAAUCAUGUCCUUUGGGAUUAAGCAUGUGACUGUGAUCAUUAUUUGACUGUGUCUGUGUGUUUGUUCAGUGAUGUGCUCAGGUGCUCCCACUACUGAUUAAUGUGUGUGCUAAUAACAACACAUGUGAUGUCAAAAAUUAUAUUUCUUGUCUACAAAAUUUAAAACAUAACAAAGUUAAUUUCAAACAAAACUUAAGGUACUUAGAGAUAUGUCUUGUUUCAUACUAUAUGUUGCAUGCUUUGUUGGUAAUUUGCUAAUCUGUUCUUAUGUUUUGGUUUACCUAAACCACUCUGGAAACUCUAAUAAGCAAAUUCAGACUUGGGUUAUUGAUUGUAUAAUACUUGAGAUACACGAGAAUUGUGUAAAAAAAAAUGCUUGUAAAUCUGUCUUGAGUUUUACUGUAUGUAAAAAAUAUGUCAUGGUUUUGUGAUUGUAUACAGGCUGUAUCU